GUGGGCGUGGUGAGACGGCUCUGCUCGUCAGUGCGCGGACUUGGCUCAGAGCUGGUUAAGACUGCGCAGCAGGUAGCGGUUAACUAUCCAACAAGUGGGACAGUUUCAACGUGAAUAUAUUACCCGGGAAAUAGGGUCGGAUAUAGAGGAGAUGUGUGGAAAAUAGGCAGCAAGAUUCCUGAGAGACAAAGUGGAGGUCUGAUUCGGCCGUGAAGACGAGGGGAGUGUGCACGUCAAACUCAAGCUGGAGAGAAGUUUAUUCAUGCAAAUUCAUCAAAUCCUAGGCGUGCCCUCGGGCGAUGGAGUCACGGGCGGAAAAGCGAACCCUCCUCCUGGUUCAUCAGCAACCUUCAAAGACUGAAUUGCGCUGCGCACGGACACAGUGACAGACGUACUGUAGUCCAUAGAGAAGACACACGCACUGAGGGGAAGAGAAAGUUCAUAUUUACGCACUAUUUACGAUUUAACGUUUGAACAACUUAACUGAAUAACACCAGAUGGAUAAUUCUGCACAUUACUUAUUACUCAUCACCGCGUAAAAGUCAGAGUAUUUUUGCUUCAAUUUGUUAUUUUUCAUCCUUCAACACAAUGUCAGAAGACGAGAGCUCUGUUGUCAGUUCAGUGAGUGACUCUGAAAACACAAAUGUAAGCGUGCUUAGCUGGGAACAAGUACAGCGCCUGGACUCCAUUCUAACUGAGACCAUACCGAUCCACGGCAGGGGCAAUUUCCCCACUUUGGAGAUGCAGCCGCGGCAAAUAGUGAAAGUGGUGCGGAGCCGUAUGGAGGAGAAACACAUUCACGUCCGAGAGGUGCGUUUGAACGGCUCUGCAGCCAGCCACGUUCUGCACGAGGACAGCGGACUGGGGUACAAGGACCUGGAUCUCAUUUUCUGCGCUCAUAUCAAAGGAGAAAGUGAUUUCCAGACUGUGAAGAACAUAGUGCUUGACUGUCUCCUGGACUUUUUACCCGACUGUGUGAAUAAAGAGAAAAUAACGCCUCUAACAUUAAAGGAAGCCUAUGUGCAGAAGAUGGUGAAGGUGUGCACUGACUCGGACCGCUGGAGCCUCAUCUCUCUGUCAAACAACCGAGGGAAGAAUGUGGAGCUGAAAUUUGUGGACUCUCUGAGGCGGCAGUUUGAGUUCAGUGUGGACUCUUUUCAAAUCAAACUGGACUCACUGCUGCUGUUUUAUGAAUGCUCUGAGAACCCCAUGGCUGAAACCUUCCACCCCACCAUCAUGGGAGAGAGUGUCUACGGGGACUUUGGCGAGGCUCUGGACCACCUACAGCACAAGAUCAUCUGCACCCGAAACCCAGAGGAGAUCCGGGGCGGGGGUUUGCUCAAGUACUGCCACCUGCUGGUGAGGGGUUUCAGGGCAGCUUCUGAGACUGAGAUGAAGUCCCUCCAGCGGUACAUGUGCUCACGAUUUUUCAUUGACUUCCCUGACAUUGGUGAGCAGCAGCGCAAACUGGAGUCUUACCUUCAAAACCACUUUGUGGGCCUUGAGGACCGAAAGUAUGACUACCUAAUGACCCUCCAUGGAGUGGUCAAUGAAAGUACGGUGUGCCUGAUGGGACACGAGAGGCGACAGACUUUAGGACUUAUAGCCAUGUUAGCAGUACGUGUUCUGGCAGAGCAGAAUGUCAUUCCUAACGUAGCCAAUGUCACCUGCUACUACCAACCUGCUCCUUAUGUAGCAGACGGCAACUUCAGUAACUACUAUAUUGCACAGGUUCAGCCAGUGUUUGCCUGCCAGCAGCCUGCGUACUCCACCUGGCUGCCCUGUAACUGAGUCUGGCAUAAGAGGGAGGGACCCACUUAUUUAAACAGUCAGCUCUGCCAAACAGCUGAGAGCCUUAUAAAGGAGACUUAUGGGAGGAUAAUGUUUUGCAUCAAAGCUCUGCUUUCCUACAUAAGUUUAUAUGGCUAGCAAAUAAAAUCCUCUGGGUCUUUAGUUAAAGUGAAUAUCUCACAUAUAGAAAGACUACAUUUAGAAAUGAAUGGUGCCCAACAAUGAAGUAACAACACGUUGUUGGUGGGCAUGUUGUUUUAUUAGUAAUAUGAUAAGGCUGUUGCUGCUGUGGCGUGAAUGUGUUCAACAUCCUACAGCAAACACCUGACAGACGAACUGUGGUGAGAUGGCACUUACAGUUUGAAUAUCAAACACACAUCUCACCUCAAAAAUAGCUUUGAGUAUGGUUGUUUACAAACCAAAGAUUAUUUGAUUGUUUCUUAUGAUAAUAAAACCCAGUUUUGGUGGGCAACGUUAACUAAAUAUGAAGCUGUCUAUUUGUAUACAUGAACAUACAUUUUGAUAAGUGCCUAAAGCCUGUUGGGGCAGAAAGAGUGAGCUGGCCAAUAAUCAUUUGUGGCCAUAAGCGCUUUUUUAGUUCAUAGGAGACACAAGGCAGUAGCCUCUAGACAAAGGGUCAUGAAUGUAAUUAACUCCUGCGCAGUCACUGCAGUGUAAAUUUGGAUGAAAAAUAGCUGCAUUUUUCAGCAAGUAGAACUCUGCUGAAAUUAUGAGACAUGUUGGAGCAAGAUUCACAUUUUUCAUGUUAAUAUGGGAGGACUGGUGCAAAGUGCGCACAUAAAACCAAACACACUUUAAGCGUGAGCUUGAUUCUUGAGAGUAACUAAGGUUUACAAAUGUAUAAGAUCAUCAGCAACUUACAGUUUCCUAUAUAGUCUACGGUGGUGCUUCUAUAUAAUAUUUAAGGGAGAAUUCACAGAAAAGGGCAGAAAGGGCCAUUGGUUGGUAUGUGCUCCUAGACUUCCUCUAGGAAAGAUAUUUGCCGACACCUCGGAUGAUGACACACUGUUUGCUGUAGCACCCGGGCAGGGAAUUCCUCAGCCUCUGCUCAAGAGCUUGAACUUAUAGGGGCAGCUCUGCAGACGAUGCAUUCAGGGUUUACACACAAGCCUUCUGGGGUGCAAAGAUCAUUAGAGUAUCAUUAGUGGUGCUGAUCAUUUGUUGGUUGGAUGAAAUCUGUACGAAGAUCCAUAUUCAAAGCAUGUUCGGAGUUGUAGGAGAAGAGUGAGUCUGGACAGAUGGGUGCAGCUGGUGCUGGGGUUGAUCUGAGGCUUGAUGAUUACUGUACAGCUGCUGCACUUUUAAGAGAAAGCAGAUUGCAUCUGACAUAACACUUCAACCUAUGAUGUGUUUUUAUAGGGUUGCUCCACUUAUGUCUGUUGUUUUGUUUAUACUUAAUUCACACCUAUAAAACUGUAUAUAUGACAUGCUUCAGCUUUGCCAAAUCUCAUAACAAUGCAGUGUUUACGGACAGCAAAAAAGACCAGCAACAGUUCAUUGCCACCAAGUACUUCUUUCAGACAUGUGUCUCAAAUCUCAGCUGAUUAUUUCUACUUAGGACUCCACAGGGCAUGUAUAGUGCAUUACUCUAAGUGAGGUUCUUACAGCUGCCUAGUUAUCUAGCUCCAGUCUGUCUGUCCUUUAGUGAUUGUGCCUAAAUAAAAUAGAGAUUGUGGGUCACUUCAUUGUAUUGCAUUGUCUGAAAAAAUCUAUUUCUGUAUGCAGUCUUUUGCAAUCAACAUUUAGAGAAAAAGUGUUUUGUCUUGUCUAUUUUUAUGAUUGUUCUUGUUAUUUUUAUAAAUGUAUAUGACACUGCAAAUGUUGCAGUUUUUGAAUCUGUGAUUUUGCUUCAAAGGAAAUGUUCUCGAUACAUUUUGUCAUGUUAUAUGUGUCAAAU